UUGAUUCGUCCUCUCUCUGUGUAUGUGUUUUAAACUAUGCUUAGCUAGUGCAUGAACAUUAAGCGGCAUUGGAGUCGCUGAUAUAUAUUCUAAAAUCAAGAUCAUGAACCGAAGAAGAUGAAAUCAAUUGAAUGAUUACUCCUACACAAUUCCAUCGUUGAAGAUAAUAGUUUACUCGAUAUCUCUCAUCUUUUUCUCUGUGGUGUGGUGUGGUGUGGUGUGGGGAGAUUUCUGAUUUUGUUGGGGAGCUCAUGGAAGAGAUGACUCCUGCUGUUGCAAUGACUCUUAGCUUAGCUAAUACAAUGUGUGACUCAUCAUCACCUGUGGAGAUCACUCAGCUCAAGAACGUUACUGAUUCUGCUGAUUUGUUAUCUGAUUCACAACAUCAGAAACAAGGUGAAUCUGAAUUGUUGAAAACCGGGUCUUCUUCUUCUUCUUCUACUAAUGUUUUAGAUGAAGACGAGGUACUUGUGGAGGAGGAUGAUAAUAGUGCUGCAGUCAUUAGUGAAGGCUUAUUAGUUGUUGAUGAUGCUGGCUCUGAGUUAAGCUUGUCUGAAAUAGAUAACGGGAGAGUUCUUGCAACUGCUAUUAUCGUUGGCGAAUCAAGCAUCGAGCAGGUCCCCACUGCUGAAGUUGUUAUUGCGGGUGAGGAUACAAGUGUAGAAGAAGAUGGUUCAGGUGUAACGGCUUCUGAGGUUGUCAUUCGUUUGCCUGAAGUAAAUAGUAAUCAGCUGGUCAAAGGUAGAAGUGUUUAUGAAUUAGAUUGUAUACCGCUUUGGGGUACCGUUUCCAUUCAAGGUAAUAGAUCUGAGAUGGAGGAUGCUUUUGCCGUGUUGCCUCAUUUUCUUAAACUGCCUAUCAAAAUGCUUAUGGGAGAUCAUGAGGGUAUGAGUCCUAGCCUCACACACCUCACUGGUCAUUUCUUCGGUGUUUAUGAUGGUCAUGGAGGCCAUAAGGUUGCUGACUAUUGCCGAGAUAGACUCCAUUUUGUCUUGGCUGAAGAAAUUGAACGCAUUAAAGAUGAGUUAUGCAAGAGGAACACAGGAGAGGGUAGGCAGGUCCAGUGGGAGAAAGUCUUCACUAGUUGUUUUCUAACCGUUGAUGAUGAGAUUGGAGGAAAAGUCAGCAGAGCCGUUGUUGGUUCUUCUGAUAAGAUUCUUGAGGCGGUUGCCUCUGAGACCGUAGGAUCAACUGCUGUGGUUGCUUUAGUUUGCUCAUCACAUAUAGUAGUUUCUAACUGUGGGGAUUCAAGGGCGGUAUUACUUCGUGGCAAAGAAGCCAUGCCCUUAUCAGUCGAUCACAAACCAGAUAGAGAGGAUGAAUAUGCAAGAAUAGAAAAUGCUGGGGGUAAAGUUAUACAAUGGCAAGGCGCACGUGUUUUUGGUGUUCUUGCCAUGUCUAGGUCCCUAGGUGACAGAUAUCUGAAGCCAUAUGUGAUCCCAGAACCGGAAGUGACAUUCAUGCCGCGGUCAAGAGAAGAUGAGUGUCUUAUACUAGCCAGUGAUGGUCUUUGGGAUGUAAUGAACAACCAAGAAGCUUGCGAAUUGGCUAGGAGACGGAUCUUGAUGUGGCACAAGAAGAACGGUGCACCACCUAUAGCAGAGAGAGGCAAAGGAACAGACCCAGCUUGCCAAGCCGCGGCUGAUUACCUCUCCAUGCUUGCUAUUCAAAAAGGAAGUAAAGACAACAUCUCCAUCAUUGUGAUUGACUUGAAAGCUCAAAGAAAAUUCAAGACCAGAACUUGAAGCUUAAUUACAAACAGUACGCUUACUUACUUUUUUUUUACUGGGGGUAAGUUUAGAUCGUUAAGGAUCUAAUGUCGACAAGUUUUUACAUAUUAUAUUUAUUCAAUAUUGUUAGAGGGGUUGGGAAAAGAAAAAAGAAGGUAUGGAAAUGCGGGUUGGGGAGGAGAAGACUGAAGAUUAAGAAGAUGAUGCAUAGCUAAUUUUAUAAGUACAUUCCUUUUUCUCAUGAAACUUUGGGAUUCUUAUGUAUAAGAAGAAGAAGAAGAAAUAGGCAAAAAAUAUGCUUUUUUUUUGGUUGAGUAUUAAAGUAGAUGAAUAUGUUGUAAUAGUUUUGAGAUGUGGCAAAUGAAAUUGUAAUUGAAACUAUUGUCACAUUAA